UCAUCUUACAUCUUAGACUAGAUGUUUGCUUUUGUGGAGAGCUCACCAGUGAUUAAAAGAAAUAUGAGUUUGUUCACCAGAGUAUGGAGUCAUUCUAACCCUGUCUGAAGACAUGGAAUGGACAUCCACCUGUGGAUCGUGUUUUUGUUGGUCUGUCGUGGCAUCAAGUGGGACUUCAACUGUGAGAAGAAGCUGCAGAACGGUUUUCUACUGAAACAAACUCCAGUGUGUGUGUGUUAAAAAGUCAAAUGGCAAUGUAAUUACAUCAAGGAACAUGGUAUUUAAGUCAAAAGGUAAGAAACAUUUCAAAUACGCUAUGUUGGAUGUAAAGGAGGUGAUGAUUUUGGCUGUGAGUCUGUGAGCAUCAUAUCUCACAAAGCAAAGGAUGGAUUUAGAUAACGUUGUCUAAGGAAGCAGGUUGAAGUGCUACUUCACAAUGCUACUUCACAAUGUGGGAGACUGAAACCUGGCCUUGGCGCAGGUUUACGCCCUCUGGAUGCUUUCUCUGAUUAUCUGCACUGAAGUUACUCCUGUGCAUGAUUUGUUUGCACCAUUAAACAUUUUGAUCAUGUAGUUAACUCCAUGUGUAAACACUGAGAUGGACCGCCUCACAGCUUUUCCAUGGAUCUGUGCGUUCUGUGCACUUCAGGAUCAAUAACGCAGUAUUACAUGAAUCAAGAGGAUUACCAUUAAUGAUCCAAAAUGUCCCUGAACCGGAUUCCUACAACGGAGACGGAUCAGUCUACGGAAUGCUCUGUCGAGUAUCCAGUGCAGAUUACCACUGACCCGGGUCAUGGAGCGGGUCGGACGCGGGAGUUGACCGUGGUGCAGUCGCGCUGCUGCAGGUGCCUGCCGCGCGCAGUGCGCCUCACCUUUACGCCCGACUCACUGGAGAGGCUUUACCAGAACUACUUCCGCCGCCAGAGACAGGAUAACCUGCUGGUUUUGGCGAUUUUUGCUGCUCUUUUCAACAGCUUCAUCAUCAUCAUGUGCGCGGUGGUGUACACCGACGACAAGCUGGCGAUGGUGGUGGUGGCAGUCGUGGGUUUGGCCGCGGACAUAGUCGUGUACGCGCUGUGCAGGUUCCAGAAGCUCCCCACAUCACCUGUCUCCCGCGGAGCUGUGCCAUACGUACUGUGGCUCAUGAUCAGCGUCCACGUCUUAUGUUAUAUGGGACUGAACUAUGAGCGUUUCUCUCAUGCCAGUGACUCAGUGGGCUGGCAGGCCUUCUUUGCGUUCUCCAUGUUUAUGACCCUUCCACUGAACCUGGUGUCGCUCCUGCUGCUCACCGCCCUCUCCUCUGGGAUACACACCCUGGUUUUAGGGGUGACCGUUGCUCAAAGGUUUGGUGCCAACCUGGAGGGCCCCAUGUUGGUGAGACAGCUUUUAGCCAACAUCAUGCUGUACCUGUGUGCAGCCGCAGUGGGUGUGAUAUCGUACUACAUGGCGGACAGGAAGUACAGGAUAGCGUUUCUGGAAGCGCGUCAGUCAUUAGAGGUCAAAGUUACCCUGGAGGAGCAGAGUACCCAGCAGGAGGAACUAUUGCUGUCCAUCCUGCCCAAACAUAUCGCUGAUGAGAUGCUGCAGGGCAUGAAGAACCAGGCCAAUGAGAAAGAAGUUCAGCAGCAACAGUUCAACACCAUGUACAUGUACCGCCAUGAAAACGUCAGCAUCCUGUUUGCUGACAUCGUGGGCUUCACACAGCUGUCCUCAGCCUGCAGUGCCCAGGAGCUGGUGAAACUGCUCAAUGAACUGUUUGCCAGGUUUGAUAAACUGGCAGAUCUACAUUACCAACUGAGGAUUAAGAUUCUUGGCGACUGCUACUACUGUAUCUGUGGACUUCCUGACUUCAGAGACGACCAUGCGGCCUGCUCCAUAAUGAUGGGCCUUGCAAUGGUAGAAGCCAUAUCUUACGUACGAGACAAAACAAAAACUGACGUAGACAUGCGUGUGGGCGUCCACACGGGUACAGUGUUGGGAGGAGUGCUGGGUCAGAAGCGAUGGCAGUUUGACGUUUGGUCCACAGAUGUCACUGUGGCUAAUAAGAUGGAGUCUGGAGGGAUUCCCGGGAGAGUGCAUAUAUCCCAGAGCACCAAGGACAGUCUGCACGGAGAAUUUGAACUGGAAGAGGGAAAUGGUGGAGAGAGGUGCGAGUACCUGUUGGAGAAAGGCAUCGACACUUACUUGGUUCUAGACCCCAAACAGGAGGCAAAUACGCCCAGCAAACUGUCCAACAGAAAUUCAAACCAGUUAAUCAACACAACGGCGACCAAUGGAAACGCGGCCUCACCCCAGACAACACCCACCGAGUCAAGACAAGAGAGGAAUAAGGUGAUUGAGGAGCGAGCAAUCAACAGACGACUGCAGCAGGAGCUACUGGACAGAGAAAGUCAACAAAUAAUGAAGGAUCAUCAGAUCAACCCUGUAACUAUGUGGUUUGUGGAUGGAAAGCUAGAGGAGCAUUACUCAUCGGAGAAGGAGAAACGAAGUGGAGCAGCCUUCUGCUGCUGCAUGGUGGUGCUCUUCUUCAUCUCAGCAAUGCAGGUGUUCAUAGACCCAAUGUUGGCUGUAAACUAUAUCACUUUUGUAAUAGGAGAGCUACUGUUGCUAAUCCUCACAGUGUGCUCCUUGGCUGCCAUCUUCCCCAGGAUGUUCUCCAAGAGGUUGGUGUCGUUCUCAUUGUGGAUUGAUCACACGCGCUGGGCAAGAAACAUAUGGGCCAUGGCGGCCAUAUUUGUUCUUACCAUGACUGUGAUCGCUGACAUGCUAAGUUGUGGCCUACCGUCCUUCCACGUCUUCAACAGCAGCUCUGGCGCCAUUUUGGAGUCAUUUGGUGACCAAACCUGUAUAGCGAAUCCAAAACACUACAGCUUCAUGGCUGUGAUGUCACUCAUCGCCACCGCCAUGUUGGUGCAAGUCAGCCAGCUGAUUAAACUGGGCCUCAUGGUGCUGGUGGUGACAGCAACUGGAGCUGUCAAUAUCUACAGCUGGCGGGACAUUUAUGACCUGUAUGACUUUAUACAGUUUGGCUCCUACAGAACAUUGAUAGUGCCGUCUAAGUACCUGAUGACCAUUAUGAUAAUCAUCAUGAUGAUUGGUUUCUACUUCUAUGCCCGUCAUCUGGAGCAUCAGUCCAGACAGCUUUUUCUGUGGAAGAUUGGCAUCCAUGACCAGAAGGAGAAAGUGUUUGAGAUGAGACGGUGGAAUGAAGCACUGGUCACUAACAUGCUGCCAGAACAUGUGGCCAAACACUUUCUGGGCACUAAGAAAAGAGAUGAGGAGCUGUACAGCCAGUCUUAUGAUGAGACAGGUGUGAUGUUUGCUUCCAUCCCCAACUUCUCUGACUUCUACACUGAAGAAAGCAUUAACAACGGAGGCCUUGAGUGCCUCAGGAUUCUCAAUGAGAUUAUCUCUGACUUUGACAGCCUACUAGACAGGGAAGAGUUCCGAUGCAUCACUAAGAUCAAGACAAUAGGAAGCACUUACAUGGCAGCGUCAGGACUCACACCAGAGAGCAACACAAAUGGAUAUGGCAACCGCAAGCCAGAGGACCAGUCAGUAGUCGAGCGCUGGCAGCACCUUUCUGAUCUGGCAGACUUCGCCUUAGCUAUGAAAGUCACCCUCAGCAACCUCAACAAACAAUCCUUCAACAACUUUAUGCUACGAAUUGGUCUGAACAAGGGCGGCGUUCUCGCUGGGGUGAUUGGAGCUCGUAAACCUCACUAUGAUAUCUGGGGCAACACAGUCAAUGUGGCCAGCAGAAUGGAGUCCACAGGAGUGAUGGGAAACAUCCAGGUGGUGGAGGACUGCUAUGAUAUCUUAAAGGAAUAUGGCUUCCGCUUUGUCCGAAGAGGGCCAAUAUUUGUCAAAGGGAAAGGGGAGCUACUAACUUUCUUUAUGAAAGGCAAAGACAAACCCAAAAGCAAUGACAGUCCAGUCACCACUACCCUUCCACACCAAGUCGGGGACCUUUGAUGACUUUUCUCGUGUGGGGAAAUGUAAUUCACACAAGGACAAGUCUGGGCACAAUGAUCUUUUUCCCCCAUUUCUCAUAUAAACUGUUAAUUUACCUACAUCUUUUUCAUACAUACUGUAGCAGUGUAAAGCUUAUGGAAAUAGAACAGUUCAACAAAAUAAUAAUAUGGCAUAUGAGCACAGAAACUGAUUUUGUAGUUAAUUAUAAUUCAGAAACACAUGCUAAUGUUUCACAAAGCUUCUGCAUCAAGGAUUUUAUCACUUUGCACUUAAUUCAUAGAGUGUUAUGUGAAUUGCAAACUUGGAAUGGACAAAACAUGUCUUUCCUUUGUUGUUUUACAGAAAGCCCAGGUUUUAUAAAGUAAUGUAGAUUGAUCACUCUGUAUUAAAAAAU